AAAAUGUUAUCAAACCCGACACGCGGCGGCCAUCUUGGCGUCCACAUCCCAAAGGAAGAGAGUUUAAACAGCUAAGCGUCACUCCUCCGUUAGCUUCACCAACAGCACCACCACCAAUCUCCACCACUGGCUGCAGGGCAACAAUGGGCAUCCAGUACAUAGACCAGACGGUGCAAAACGUCCUCAACAAGAGUGAGGCCAAGGUUAAUGACUUCAUUCAGAAUUUCAACGAAAUGCCAAAGCACGACCCGACCCUGGAGAGCGCGAAGGAGACGUUGCUGUGGCUGCAGAUGGCGUCUCUCCUCACCACCUUCCUCAUCGCCCUCACCGCCAUGAGGAUGCUCCGGCGCCAGGUGCACCACCAAAUGGGAGAGUGGGAGCACCACAGGACUGUGUUGGCCGCCCUCAAGAUGAGAACUUUGGUCAUCUCUGCGCGUCGGAACUUCGCCUAUGGUGGCGCCUAUCUCCCCAAGGCGUUGAUAGACUCGCCGAGGUCGUCCUUGUACUCGUCGCUGGAGAACGACUACGAGAACCCCGAUUACGUGGACAUGGUGAUGGACUUGAAGGGUGGGAAUCCACAGGACGCUCGCAGGCGUUCGGGCGCACCGCGCCGCUCCGGAUGCGACUCCCAGAUGUCGGACCCUUAUGAGGAGGUGCCUGUGGUACCUCAUAUCAGUGGUGGAGAUGGUACCCCUGAGGCCUGUGAGGAGAAGGUUGGCACCCCUGACCAACCUGGCGACAUAUAUUAGUACCAGGCUCGCUCUCUGUCUCUGUCUGUCUGUCUGUCUGUCUGUCUGUCUGUCUGUCUGUCUGUCUGUCUGUCUGUCUGUCUGUCUGUCUGUCUGUCUGUCUGUCUGUCUGUCUGUCUGUCUGUCUGUCUCUCU